AUGAAGAAAAAAACAGUGAAAAGGAACACUCGUGCGGGGGAUGUAGAUUAUAUUCCAAAUCCAGAUCCAGGUGAUGAUGAUUCUGAGGAAGAUAACCAACAAGUUGGUAGAAGUAUUGUAGAAUCCAAAAAGCGACACCAUUCACAAUAUAUUCCACCAAUGUCCAUGAGUAGAGCUGCUAAUCUAACGAAACUAGGUCGGGUGCUUGCUCCAAAUGUCUCCCAAAAGGUUCCGUCUACUUCAAAUGCAACAAAACCGAAUAAAGAAGGAGCAAAGAGAAGGAUGAUUCUUGUUGAUGAGGAUGAUGAUGAGGACGUGGAAAUAUUCCAAGAAGGUAAUAAAGUGGAUAAGGAAGUAGAUGGUGUUGAUGAAGAUGAUGAGCAUGGAGACAUGGCAGAUCAUAACUUUUCUGAAGAUGAAAACAAUGAUCAAGAACAAUUGCAUGGCCCUGAAAAAGAUAAAGCAACAGGUAAUGUGUACAUGGAAGCUAGACUAGCGAGGAUUCAGGAGAACCAAAAAAGACUACGAGAAUUAGGAGUUAAAAACGUUGUGGACUCUAUGACAAGUUUGGUAGACAGUAACAAAAUGAAGAAAAAACCAGUGAAACGGAACACUCGUGCGGGGGAUGUAGAUUAUAUUACAGAUCCAGGUGAAGAUUCAGGUGAUGAUUGUGAGGAAGAUAACCAACAAGUUGGUAGAAGUAUUGUAGUACCCAAAAAGCGACACCAUUCACAAUAUAUUCCACCAAUGUCCAUGAGUAGAACUGCUAAUCUAACGAAACUACGUCGGGUGCUUGCUCCAAAUGUCUCCCAAAAGGUUCUGUCUACUUCAAAUGCAACAAAACCGAAUAAAGAAGUAGCAAAGAGAAGGAUGAUUGAUGACGAGGACGAGGAAAUAUUUCAAGGUAAUAAAGUGGAUAUGGAAGUAGAUGGUGCUGAUGAGAUGAUGAGCAUGGAAUCAUGGCAGAUCCCAACUAUUCUGAAGAUGAAAACAAUAAUCAAGAACAAUUGCAUGGCCCUGGAAAAGAUAAAGCAACAGGUGCUCCCAAAAAGGUUAGAGGUCAUACCCAAAAGGCCGAAAUAUGGAAAAUGAAUACUACUGAAAGAAUAGAUGUCACAUUUAACGACCAUGGACAACCAGUGGGGGAAGAAGGCAAAGAACUUGUUCAGUAUCUUGGGACACUUGUGAGGAUGGCUGAUCAUGUAUCAA